AUUUAAUAGUAAUCUUUUAUGCUGUGGUUAUUCUAAUGGUUCUAUAAUCUUAUGGAAUAUACAAUGGCCAGUUACUGGUGAUACAAACGAUUAUAUUUUAAAUUAUUGGGAUGUUAAAUCUUUUGGUACAAGUAUGAAUGAAAUCAGUAUAUUAAAAGAAAGUUAUAAACAUUGUAUAAGCAUUGCAUUUUCAUCGAAUACUGAUCAAUUAUUGUAUAGUGCAGGAUUACCAGAUUUAAAUCUACGUGUAUGGGAUAUACUGUCGACAUCAGGUCAACAGAAACAACAACAACAACAACAAAAACCUGUCGAAUGUUUAUCACCAGUGGAUGAACAACACGGUUAUCUAAGUAUUGAUGUAGCUCCAAGAAGGCAUAUUCUUGCAACUGGUUUAGUAAAUGGUGAAGUAUGGUUAUAUAAUGUGCAGAAUAUGUCUACACCAAUUCAUUGUGUCUCUAUUGGAUUAGGGAAUAAUUCUAUUCGUCUACUUUCAUUUUCAUCCGCUUUACGAGUUGAUCUAAACGAUGUAGACUUUAAUACUACUACUACUACAACAACUGGUCAUAUUAUUACUACCUCAAAGGAGGCGGCGUUAUGCAAUUUAUCAACUUCUCAAAUAACUGAUGAAAGUUCUUACAGUAAAGCAAUGAGUAGUACUCAUCUAACAUGUAAUAAUAGUCAAAUUCGUCAAGCUUUAAGCGAAUUAACUAUCACAAUGGCAACAAUAACAACAGAAACAACGGGAAAACGGAACAGCCUAAAUCACAAACAAGAUGGGCAUUCAAAUCGAUCAUUGUUAGAUCAAAGUUUACUGAUAAGCAGUGGUACAUCUGAAGCAGUGACUGUUGAUAGCAUAAACCAGAAGUCAUUAGCAUCAUCAUCAUCAUUGAAAUCGCUUACAAGUCAUCCGUAUGAUUCAAUAUUAAAAGAUAAUAAAAGUUUUCCGCCGAUGCCGACAGAUACGUCUAGUCGUCAUUCUAGUACCGUUGAUACAGAGAAACUAGAAGAUACUGCGCAUUCACCACAUAUACCAAUUGAAGCAUUAAGUAAGUGUAUUCAUAGUCGCUUAUCAUCUAUGAUGUCUGAAUUAAACUGGUCUCAUAAUGAAUUACUUUACAAAUUUGCUCAACUUGAAUGUAAACUUGAUCAAAUGAAUGAGCUGUUAGUACAAAUGAAGCUGGAAAAUGAUAUGAUGCGAUUGGCAUUCAUUAGACGUAGGCCUUUUUAA